AUAGGUUGCAUACCUUUAACUUGACUACGCAUAUGAAAAGCGAAAGUCUGCUUGCUUGGAGAACCAUUUUAGCGUGUGACAUGAGUGUACAACUCACAAAGGGAGCAGUUGAAGCACUGUUCAAUGGCUCAGAGGUGGACGAUCAUCUCGUGCUGCAGCUGCUGAACAUCCGUCAGGUCAACCCUAGUUCUGGCCUACCCAGGUUCCGGCUCAUGAUGAGUGAUGGUCAGCACUCUUUGUCUUCCUUACUGUUGGCCACACAAUUAAACAAUCUGCAAGAAGAGAACCUCCUGGUACCCAACUGUGUGUGUAUGGUGAAGAAGACCAUCAACAACACAUUAUCUGAUGGCAGGCAUGUGGUGAUUGUGCUGGACAUGGAGAUUUUGCAAUCGGCCGAGGAAACUGGAGGGAAGAUUGGAAAUCCCACUCCAUUUAAUUCAACUGGUAAGACGUCAUCUCCACAGAAGUCUGACUCACGUUCUUCUGUCCCGGCUUCCCCUCCAUCUGCUGCAGUACCUGGACCCUCCUAUAAGAACAACAGCAGCACUCUUUCUCCUCCCCGAGGCCAUGGAAAAGGUUUUGUGGGAAAGUCACCCAUGAAGGGUUCACCCAUGAAGGGUUCACCCAUGAAGGGUUCACCCAUGAAGGGUUCACCCAUGAAUGCGUCACCCAUGAAGGGUUCACCCAUGAAGGGUUCACCCGCUUCUCCAAGUUCCUUAGCAAAAGUGAUUCCUAUUGCAAACCUCAACCCCUACAUAAGCAAGUGGACUAUCAGAGCUCGAGUCACUAACAAAUCCAGUAUCCGCACCUGGAGUAACUCUAGAAGAGAUGGCAAGGUCUUCUCCUUUGACACGGUGGAUGAGAGUGGGGAAAUCAAGAUCACAGCCUUCAACAACGAAGUGGAUAAGUUUUUCUCUCUAGUGGAGCAAGGCAAGGUGUACUUCAUCACCAAGGCUACACUGAAGGUGGCCAACAAACAGUACACGACACUAAAGAACGACUACGAGAUUACCCUUCAUGCUCAGUCAUCCAUCGUGCCAUGCGAUGACGGCCAAGACAUCCCCGCUCUGCACUGUGACUUUGUGCCCAUCGCUGAGCUGGAGAACAGGGACAAGGACGCCAUCAUUGAUGUGAUUGGAGUGUGUAAGAGUGCGGAGGAUGUAUCCCGUAUCACCACCAAGACCAGCAGAGAGGUCUCCAAGAGGGCCCUCAACCUAAUAGACACAACUGGCAAAGUUGUUAUGGUCACACUGUGGGGAGAGGAGGCCGAGAAGUUUGACGGCUCUCGGCAGCCAGUGGUCGCCAUCAAAGGAGCGCGCUUGUCCGAUUUCGGAGGCAGAUCUCUCUCUGCUUUGUUCAGUUCAACAGUCAUGGUCAACCCAGACUUACCAGAGGCGUUUAGUCUGCGGGCCUGGUAUGACCAGGGAGGCUAUGCGACGGACAGCCAAUCCCUGACAGAGACGAGGUCAGUGGGCAGCGGAGCAAAGAUGAACUGGAAAACACUGAGCGACGUCAAGAAUGAACAGUUGGGACAAGGAGAGAAGGCGGACUAUUUCAGCUGUGUGGCGACAGUGCUGUACAUCCGUAAGGAGAAUUGUCUGUACCAGGCCUGCCCGUCUGCAGACUGCAACAAGAAGGUCAUCGACCAACAGAACGGACUGUACCGCUGCGAAAAGUGUAACAGAGAGUUCCCCAACUUCAAAUACAGACUCCUACUUUCUGCCAACUUAGCAGACUUUGGGGAUAACCAGUGGGUGACAUGCUUCCAGGAGACAGCUGAGGUCCUGUUAGGUCACAGUGCAGAAACACUGGGACAGCUCAGAGACACAGACGAAGCUGCAUUCGAUGAAGUCUUUCAGAAAACCAACUUCACAACUCGCAUCUUCAGAAACAGAGUCAAGCUGGAAACGUACAAUGAUGAGAGUCGAGUGAAGGUAACCGUCAUUGAAGCCCAGCCAAUCGACCACAGGGAAUACAGCAGGAGACUCCUCAGCAACAUCCGCAAAUUGGCCAGCUGAAUGCAGUCCCAGUCAUCCAAACAGCUGCCAUGUGAUUACACGUGUCUUCUACUGGUCCCUGACUGGUGUCCGACUUUUUCCACCAUCAAGAUAACAGCAUAUCUGACAGAGGCAGCGGGGCAGCCAGUGAUUCAUCUGAUGAAAAGACAGCCAGACAAAGGACUGAUAUUUAACUGUCCACUUCCUUCAACAGGCCAUUUGUGAAACUGUGGAACAUGAUGGAAAUUACUUUUACCUUUUUAAUUUAUUGGCAUUUUAACAAAGAGCUUUAACUAUUUGAUUUCACAUAACUGUGUUUGAGAUCUGCACAUAUUUUUAUUGUAUUUCAUGUAUCGCACAUGCUCACAGGGUUUUCUCUUAUUUAAACAAAUGAUUCAUGUCUUUGUUUCAAAUCUGUGGUGGUGAUGCUCAGUGUUAGUUGAGUAAGACAUAGAUGAGUCAGUUUUGAUUACAUUUUUAUUGUACCAUUUUAAAUGGAAAAUGUGGCCAAAGUGCGUGGGAUAUUCACGUGUUGGCAUUUGUUUUAACUGUUUUACUCACAGUGUCUACAGCUUGUUAAAAUUAUUCUUUGAAUUUAUGAAAAAUUCAUGUUUGUUUCUGGACUUCCAAAAAAUGUCAAAAAAGAAACGAGUGAUUAAAAGGAUGUCAGAAUAAAA